AAAGCUUCCUGGUCAAUAUUCCUAUUGAAUUUUAACAUCAGAUUACGUAAAGCAAUCAAUCCCAGAACAAAAGGUUUGUUAGAGAACAUCAGAUCAUCUUCUCCUCCUCACGUGUGAUUUAUUUAUUUUGUAUUGUAGCCACUGUCUUAUUCUCCGCUACGAGACGCAAUGUCGGAUGGAUGGAUUGAUGGAUGAUUUAGGGCAAGUUUAAGGUUUGGGAAGUUUAGUUAUAAUUCGCGGACUGGCCAGAAAUACAUUUUCAUUUGUCCGAGCAAGGGCCACGAAAAUAUACGAUGCGAAGUUCUUGUAAAGAAAGCGACCGUCUUGUAACCUACGCAGGCUGCGACUUUCCAUCAGGAAGGUGAAGAAAAGAAAUGUGUUUUAUCCUCAAAGCCAUCAGGAAGGCCGACCGAUCCCUGGCUUCGUCUCAAGCAACACAAUCAGGGCAGGUUGUGCAAGCAGUCGGUUUGAACGUGAAUGAAGAAUAUGCCAAAGCUUUCAGGACCCAAUCUUAUGCCGAGUUCUGGAGCAAGGUGCAGAACGCCACCGCCGACAAAGAAGGACAUGAGGAACAAGCCGAACAGAGUUCGUCAUCUCCCUUUCACUGUUACGGUGUUCUGGCAGAGCAUAUUCUGGAACCCGACGAGGAAUCCGUUAAAGCGAUUCUCCAACGCGGACUCACGCCGGAAUUAAACAUUUUAGUUGCAGAUUAUUUCCAUAACAGCGCAGAGGCUUCGAAGUUGUGCGGCACGCUUCUGAAAAACAUCGAACAGGCCAAAAUCAAUUACCGCAGCAUCAAGAAUGUUCUGGAUUGCACACCUUCGACAGGUGACUUCACGAACGAGCAGUGGAAUUUUUCCAUGGAAGAGCUCCAGUUGUUCAUGAAAGGAGGAAAUCCCUUCGCCGAUCCAACAGCGCACAAUUUCCAGGAUAUUCACGACUGCUACGAUUCAAUGCUCAAACGCCUCCAAAUACAGCGGAAAAAGAUCCACAGAAAGCUCAAAUUACUGAACGGAUGUAAAAAAGCUGCCAUUGUUUGGGGGAUCGCAGCUUCCGCUGCUGUUGUGGUCUGUGCAGUUGUGAUCGUCUCACAUGCUUUAAUUGCCAUAGUCGCCUGCCCUGUGGUGUUGAGUUUUCCCUCUUGCUCUUUUUCUUCCUUUCACUGUCCUUUCAGAACGAGGCUUCUUGCACGGCACCGCGCACAGCUUGAGGCCGCAGUCAAAGGAACUUACAUUCUUAACAGAGAUUUUGACACCAUCAGCCGUCUUGUGACGCGUUUGCACGACGAGGUGGAGCAUGACAAGGGUAUCAUCAAGUUUCUGUUGCACAGGAAAGAUGACCGCCACCCCCUUCAGGAGGUCAUUCGCCAGCUCAGACGAAACGAUUCGAAUUUCAACCAGCAGCUUGAUGAGCUGGAGAAGCACGUCUACCUUUGCUUCAUGACCAUCAACAGGGCCAGAAUGCUUCUUGUGCACGAAAUCCAGGCUCCCAGAACCACCUGAUUCCCUGUACCGCCAUUUUAUUUAUUCAUUCAUUAAUAACGCUCCCGUUCCAGGAACUUGUUUUCAACAUUAUAAAUGAUUAUUUAUUUAUUCAUUAUUGUUUGCAUUUCAGUUUUCGGUCAUAUUCACGAGUUCAGAAAAACAAAAUCAUCGAAUUUUUAAGUUAAUAAUAAACUGUAAGCGGUUGGAUAUUCCAAAAACCUGUAUUUACAAGGCUCA